CCCUUAAAAAAACUUUUAGUAGAAAAACAUGUUUAUAAUAUCACGUUGAGACUUCAGAUGCAAAGCCAUGAAUCAUUUACCUCCUUAGUCUCUCCUGUGCAAAUAGAAAAUGUUAUCUAUUUUCAGAGACGCUUUGCCACUGACUCAACUUCUAAACUCGUGAGGUCUUGUGACGUUAAAGUCACAAGGCUGUGUGCUUUCGAUUGUGGCAACAUGCAAUCCAGAGCGGCACAGUGUUUUGUAACCCUUAAUUUGAUGGAGUCCUGUCACCAUCCUAACGUUAGCUACUGGACACUACAUGGACUUUGGCCCGAUAAAGGGACUGUUUGUAACGCAUCAUGGCAUUUCAACUCAUCUGAAAUAGAGGACUUGCUCCCUGACAUGGAAAAGAGUUGGCCUGAUUUACUGAAACCUGCAUCAGAUGGAUUUUGGAAGUACGAGUGGUCCAAACACGGCACAUGUGCCGCCAAAGCACCCGCGCUCAACAGUCAACAUAAAUAUUUCAGCAAGGCACUGGAACUGUACCAUAAAGUGGACUUGGAUAGCAUCCUGAGGAAAUUUGACAUCAUCCCAUCUGAAGACUAUUAUAAAUUUUCACAAAUAGAAGGAGUCAUGGAAAACUUCUAUGGUGUCAAACCCAAGAUACAAUGUGUCCAUCCAUCUAAGAAUUCGGAUGCUCAGACUUUGGGUCAAGUCGAGAUUUGUUUCAGCCCCGACUUCUCCCUCCUGGACUGUGAGAAAGAGCUCUCUUUCACGGGAGCCCCUGGGUUCAGUGUCUGUGACCGUGACAUACCAGUUUACUAUCCACCACUUUGAAACACAAACACAAUAACACACUACCGCGUUUACCGAUGUACACGUACUGUAUAUACUCUUUGUUUACCACUUAACUGUACUGUUAAGUGCAGCAAGUAGCGACACUCACAGGCUGAGACAAGCAGGCUUGCUACAAUGUCAUAUUGUACCAAUCCCUAACUAAAUAGUUUCCAUUUUCUGCCAGGGUGCUACUAUUUACAGUUUCAACCCAUCUACGUUUUUUCAAAAUAGUGUAGUAAAUAGGUUUGUGUCACAAUAAUUGUUUCUUUGUUUGUUUGUUUUCUUUAGUUAUUGUUAAUUGCACAACAGUCUUCACCUUGUUGAGUUACAUCGUUUCGAAAAUUGGAUUUCCGACCAUGUGCCUUUUCAGGUUGUUUACAUUAACAUUAAAAUGUAUUAGUGUCUUACCUGUUAGACUGUGUUAGGGCUCAUUUUGAGAAGUCAACAAUUAAUGAUCCACUUACUUUAUAGGGGAAAAACAGAGAUAUUUUGCGGGAAGUUAAGGCUUAUUUAAAGUUAAUAUGCCACAGAUUUUGGUUUGUGAUCCAUCUUUUAUGGGGCAGAAUCCAGAGAAACUUUGCAAUGUUCAUCAGAUGUCAUUGUGUUAUAGCUUGUGUUUAUGGUGCCAUUUUGUUUUUUAUUGUGAUAUGGUAAACGCAUAGUGUGAGGUUAUCAGGAAUUUGUUGCCAUUGUGAAUGUCAAUAAAAUAUUAUUGAUUCAUUGCU